AUGGUUUCGCGUAUUUUUGCGACCAUUCCACAGCUGCGUGGUUAUCGCCUCAUAAAGAUUGGUUUCCGCGGACACCAUCUGUACAUUUCACCGCGGCGCUCGGAUCGCAUCCAGAUUUGGUCGUUACAUUCGUUUAUUCCCAAUUCAUGGGCCGUUUUGCUCAAUUAUCCGCUUAUCCAGUUACUCUAUUCAUUCUAUGCAGUUUCACCCAGUGAACCAUACAUCUAUGCCUUAGUGGUCGCUCUCUUCGACUGUGAUGUUCCUCGCAUAUCGAUUCUACGUGUACACUUGGAUACGGGUGCGUGUGAUGUAUUCAAUCUGGAUGAAGCAUCUGGUGAAGAAUUCGAGAAUAGUGUUUAUUUCGAAAAUGUGGUACUUGGAUGUGGGCAGAGGCAACUUUACAUGUACGAGCGGAGUGUUGUAAUGGGACCAAUCCCGUUCUGGAAAAUUAUACUGCUUGAGGAGAGUAUGACUUUCGUAAUAACCAACGAAACAAUUAGGGCAGAGGAGAAUGAAGUGAAAUGCAGUCGUUUCCCGAUUGUUCUGGAUGGCGAUAAACGAAGGGUUUUCAAACUGCGUGAUAGCCACGAUAUUGAGAGUAUGACUUUCGUGAUAACCAACGAAACAAUUAGGGCAGAGGAGAAUGAGGUGAAAUGCAGUCGUUUCCCGAUUGUUCUGGAUGGUGAUAAACGAAGGGUUUUCAAACUGCGUGAUAGCCACGAUAUUGUUAUUUAUGAUGGUAACAGGAACUGCUGGAACACAUAUCCACCAGCACCCAACACACAUUAUGACCUGAACCUACUACGUGUGAAAGGCAUUAAUGAAACGUAUGGAAUGACUGUGCAUCGGAUGACCGCAAUUGAAUCACCACUUAGUUUCUACAUAUAUCGGCACUCAUACCACACCUUCUACCACAUCGUAUUCGAUGAUGAAGAAGAGGUGUACCGAAUACUACCGGCAAAUAGAUGCCGUCUUCCAACGCAUGUUCAGCAACGUUUCUAUGGGGCAUGCACUGAUUCACAGUUUGCAUUUAUUUGCUCAACCGGUGUAGCAUUCAUUCCGCUUAAGCCGCCUACCCUUCGACAGUUGUCAUUUCUGGCGCUACAGCGGCAACACUGCAAGAUUGAAAAUGGAAUAUGGUGCGGCGGAAUCUCUGAGCAACAAAUCAAGGACUACUGCAGUUGCAGCACAAGUCUGAAGCUUCUGUGA